UUCUUCAAAAUUUAUUUGUAUACUGUGCAUAAAUAGCACUGCUGACGAUUACAAGCAGAUUAUGCUAAGUGAAAUAAUUAAAAGAUGAGAAACACGACGAAUCGCGUGAUGGCAAGUUAGCAAAAACAAAAUGUCAAACUUAAAACUUUAAUUUUGAUAAAAAACAGUAUAUAAUUUAUACAUAAAAUCCGUAAAAAGACAGUAUGACUUAUCGCGCUAUUAAAAGCAGCAUUCGCCUUUUUCGUCACUUUAGAAAUAAAGUGGAUAAAGAAUUGUGUUUGAUAACACGCAUAAUGUUUUGAAAUGACAUCACCUAUUUUUGUGAUGAGGUAAAUCCCGAGUUAUUUGUUAAAGUUCUCUCUUGAAUAUUAUGCAACUAAUAAUUGCGGCCGUAUUUUAUGCAUUUAUCUCCUCAGCACAUUCGUUCUAUCUUGCAAAAUUUAUUGAUGUUCCUCUGAAGUUAUGACGUCAGAGAUCAAACAUAAAUCAAUUAAUAAUAGCUUUGUAUUGAUAGAAUUUUUUGAAUCAUUGUUUUAUCUCAAACAAAGACACAAUACGGAAUUAAAAAUAUGUGUGGGAUGACGUCAAUGUGUCUCAAAAUUUCUGAUCGUCUGCCCACAUGCGUUCGGUAAUCAUUUCUGGCUGUCCAAUGAAAAAUAAUGAAGAUAUACGUCACAAUUGUGAACCAACCAAUCCAGCUCAAUCUGCCGACCCAUUCCCUCGGACCGCGCAAAACAUUCUGACAGAGAAACAUGGCCGUAGUUUAAAUCACUUGUGUUUUAAAACUUUCUGUUCUACUUUAGCAAUAUUUUUGUUUGCCUCUAUAGACAUAAAUGUUAAGAAUCGCGAAAUGGACCGUUAUACAGAUGACUACAAAAAGCAACCUGUACGAGUAGGCUUCUAUGAUAUUGAAGAAACUAUUGGUAAGGGAAACUUCGCAGUUGUUAAAAUGGCAAGACACCGCAUAACUAAAUCACGAGUUGCUGUAAAAAUCAUCGACAAAAGUAGACUUGACGAAGCUAACCUUAAAAAGGUUUAUAGAGAAGUUCAAAUAAUGAAAUUACUACGACAUCCAAAUGUUCUGAAAUUAUAUCAGGUGAUGGAAACGCGAAAUAUGCUCUAUAUUGUGACCGAAUAUGCUACAAAAGGAGAAAUGUUUGCAUACAUUGAUAAAUGUGGAAAGCUAUCGGAAGCUGACGCACGACGUUUCUUUUGGCAAAUAAUAUCUGCCACAGAAUAUUGCCAUAACCGUCGAGUAGUUCAUAGAGAUUUAAAGACUGAAAAUUUACUACUGGAUGAUAACUUGAAUGUAAAAAUUGCAGACUUUGGUUUCAGCAAUUAUACAAAUGAAAAUGAACUUCUUAAAACAUGGUGUGGUAGCCCUCCUUAUGCAGCUCCUGAAAUCUUUGAAGGUAAAGAGUACGAAGGACCAGCCAUAGAUAUCUGGAGUCUGGGAGUUGUGUUAUACGUACUUGUGUCUGCAGCUCUUCCAUUUGAUGGUGAAACUGUUCAUGAAGUUCGGGAUCGUGUUCUUGAGGGACGGUUCAGGGUUCCAUAUUACAUGUCAUCAGAGCUAGAAGAUUUAAUUCGAAAAAUACUAGUUAAAAAUCCAUCACAAAGGUAUACUAUUAAUCAGAUUAAAGGACAUCCAUGGAUGCAAAAAGAACCUGGAGUUUACAUUAAUGACAAGAAUACUGAAGAGGCUGUCCAAAACUGUUUUAAUGGUGAACUUAACCACCAAGUUUUGCAUUUGAUGCAGAGCUUAAGCAUCGACAUCAGUAAAACGAAAAAGUCAGUUCAACAAAAUGCUUAUGACCAUCACAGUGCAAUAUACUAUUUAUUAAGUGAACGUUUAAGACAACACAGAACAAGUUAUCCAGAAAAGACCCAUGUUAGUACGAGAAUUAGAAGGACAAGUUGUAUUGCUGACCAAGCAAUUGUUCGGAACAAUACAGUACAGGCUCUUCUGGGACACCAGCAACAUCGUUUACCUACUUCUGUGCCACGAAAUUCUUCACAGUCAGUAUUGCAAUAUGCGCUUAAUGAACUUCAUUUAGGGGAAGUUAAAGUUCCUCAAGAAAUAUCGAGUAGUACCGUGCCUGGUUGUGUUACAGAAUUUAUUCCACCUAUAACUCAUGCACCAUAUUCUUCUAGACUUAAACAUAUUACAACGCCUUCCCAAAGCAUAGAAACUGUGUCAGAGGAGGAGGUUUUACAAAAUACUGGAAACCAUGAAAAUAAUUCUAGAAAACAGAGACAGCGUGGAAGGAGAUCAGCCGUUGAUGCUAUGAUGCAUAUGAACUCAAGGAGGCAUACUGUCCAAGGUCCACCUUCUGGACCAACAGAAACAUUAUUUGUUCCAGCAAAUCAUCCACUAUUAAAACAGGAUAGCGCUGACAGACCACCAGAAUCUAAUAAUGAAUUUGCUAAUAGAGUUAAAAUUCAAAUAGUAGAACCAACUGUAUCUACGUUAGAGCAUACUUCGGCUUCUAUGAUGACUUUACAACCAAACGAACCGGUACUACCACUGGCUUCAUUUUCUCAUAAAGUUGAUACUGGUUUUAAUGAGGGAAGAAGAGCAUCUGAUGGUGUGAAUGCUCCUUUUAGACAUUUAUUACACAAGGCAGAAAACCAAUAUUUAAAAGAAUAUCAAGAGCUUCAAAGGUUAAUACAAAGAAGUCUUACCCCUGAUGAAAUUCAAGAACAACAGCAAAAUCAUAGUCAAUUCAGAGAAAGUGGAGUAAAUCCUGGUGUCAUGCAUGCUAAUUCUGAGUGGAGGUCUAGCCCUAUGUCGAGUCAAAAUGAACUUAUGAUGACACUGCAAAGCAUGAAUCUUGUGAAUCAUGUUGAUGCUGACAUGUCUGACAUUGAUGUUACUUGGAAUGGACCGGGUCCAUGCAGGAGACCAGCAUCGUAUCGCAAAAUUUCAGGUGGUGUGUCACCCAUACCAGCACAUAUAAGAAAAAGGCGUACUCCAGUCAUUGGAGAUAGCCCUUGUUCAAGUUUUGAUAUGGAAGAUAGUAGUUAAAGAGAGAAUGUAAAUAAAAAACGAGUUUUAUAUCUAUUAACAGUCAGUUGGAAUUUUAUUUAUAAAUAUUGACCAAAAUUUUGAUCUGCCUCUGUUAAUGCAUAUCCCAACAAAAUUUUUAGAGUUCUGAAUUUUGUUUUGUUUUUUAGUCUUUUGCUAAAAUUCUGCUAUUCCCUGACAUUUCCCUAGUUUUCCUCUUUUUAUAUCAAGUUCGUAUGCAUUGUUUAUAGGAAAUUAUUUUUAAAUGUAUAUGACUAUAGAAUUUAAUUUUCCAGACUUUUAAUUUUUUUUUUUUAAGGAAAAAGAAUAUAAAUAUCAGUAAAAACUGGUAAUUUCGUUAUAUUUUACUUUCGUUCUAAAAAUAUCGUGAUGAUGAAGCUGUUGUGACCCCUUUCGGAAUAUGAGAAGUCUAUUUUUGUUGUUUUUCAUGUUGAGUAUUUGUUUUUGUUGAAGAAGUGCCAAGAGAAAAAUCUCAUAUAAAAUUAUUUCUUUCAGUUUUAAAGUAAUAGUACCAAAUUAAAAUUUUUGUUUCAAAUUUGUUAAGAAAAUUUGCGUCCUGAAUUUUAACGUUAUUUUCAUGGUUGAGCCAUCCAAAAAACUUCUAUCGUUUAGUAAAUAUUUUAUGAACAUUUUAGUGGCUGUUUGUGAAAGUUUUAUAAUUUGGACACGAGCCAACUUUGUCUAACCAGAGUUAAUUACGAAAAAAUUGACUAGCUCUUUAAAGUGACGAAGGUUGUGUAAUGAUGUAGUUGUUAUGCGUGCCGACCUAAGUGGAUAUGCUAUCGGUAAACUCAAAUAUCACCUUUGCACACACGUCCAAAGUGACUGUUAGGUGUACUAUCAUUUUCCCCUUUUCUUCUGCAAAUUUCCACUUUACGAGCUAUUGUGAUUCAACAUUUUGUGCGUUGAGUUUGUCACUUAGCAUUAAGUUAAAAUCACGUCAUGUAACAGCGUCAUAAAAAAUAAACUCAACAAAUGUUUAAUUUAAUGUAAAUUAUACGGAAAUAUUUUUUUUUAUUUUUUCUACCGUCGCCUUAUUGGAAGAAGACAACGAAAUAUGAUUC